AUGGGACUGCUCAGUGUAGAGGAACUGGUGACCAGUAGGAGGUCGGAGGGCAAAGAGGCCAGUGACUUCCAAGGAGGCAUAUAUGAGGUGGCGGUCGGUCAUGAGAAGCAGGAUGGUCACCGGUCCCACCGAGGGCUGGUGGGUGGAGCUCUGUCAGAGGAGAGUGACAGCAGCAGUGAGCAGGAGGAAGUCAGCGUGGCAGCGCUCAGUGUGGAUAAAAGCGGUCGGCUGAAGUUGGAAACUGUGGACGACCUGUUCAACAUCCUGCAGCUGAGGAAGAGGAGGAGGGCGAGGAAGGUUCCUGUCCACAAGAAACAAAAGCCAGAGACUGAGAUUAUGCCAGAGACUGUGGAUGAGCAGGAGUUUCUGACAGCAGCCAUGGAGAACAACCUGCCUGUGGUGGAGAAGUACCUGACUGAUGGAGGAAACCCCGAUGUAGCCGACCACUUCCAGAAAACAGCGCUGCACAAAGCCUCGUUCAAAGGACAUGUGGGGGUCAUGAAAAGGCUCCUGGAGGCUGGAGUUGACAUUGAGAGGAAAGACAAGCUGGAGGCCACAGCAGUCCACUGGGCCUGCAGAGGAGGCAGCCUGGAAGCCCUGCAGCUCCUCCUCGACCAGGGAGCCAAGUUCACCUCCAGAGACAAGCUGUACAGCACUCCUCUCCAUGUCGCUGUGAGGACAGGACACUGUGAGUGUGCUGAGCACCUCAUUCACUGUGGAGCAGACACCAACGCCAAAGACAGAGAUGGAGACACGCCCAUGCACGAUGCUGUGCGGACAAACAGAUUCAAGAUGAUCAAGCUGUUGAUGAUAUACGGGGCCAGUGUCGACGCCACAAACUGCGAAGGAAAAACUCCCCUGGAGAUACUGUACUCAUGGCAGAACGGAGCCAAAAGCAUCCUGUAUAACUUCAGUGAGGAGAGGUCCUAUGAGUAG